CUAUAGCCGAUCUGUGGAGAUCUGCAAUCCAAGCCACGGUAUCUGUUUAUUGCUCAGCCUGGGAUCUCCGAUCACAGUAUAUAGUCAUAUAAUUUAUUAGUCUAGUAGUGCAUUUCUGUAGUGGAUCAGAAUGGCGAGUACUGCUUGUUUUAUGAUCAUUAGCAAAAACGACAUUCCUAUUUACGAAGCCGAAGUCGGAGCUGCUCCUAAAAGAGAAGAAGCUGCACAUCAGCAUCAGUUUAUCCUCCAUGCCGCUUUGGAUAUCGUCCAGGAUCUUGCCUGGACAACAAGUGCUAUGUUUUUGAAAGCAAUUGACAGGUUCAAUGAUAUGGUGGUGUCUGUAUACGUGACAGCUGGUCAUACACGAUUGAUGCUGCUUCAUGACUCUCGUAAUGAUGAUGGAAUCAAGAGCUUCUUUCAGGAGGUCCAUGAACUUUAUAUAAAGAUUCUUCUGAAUCCUCUCUACUUACCAGGAUCGCGUGUUACAUCUUCACAUUUUGAUACAAAAGUCCGAGCCCUUGCAAGAAGGUACCUUUGAGGGUAAAAUGGUACACCCAAUUUCAGUUCAUUUUAUUGUAACCACAACUCAUAUUAGCCUACAAUUUUAAAUCCUCUACAUGAUGCCAUGGCUACAUUACACCUCCUAAAGCUGUUUUUGAUGUUAUAGUGACUAAUGAUAUCGAUUGGGUUAUGUAGGAAUUAUAUGUGUUUGGGUUUUGGUGCCUUUUUUUUUUAAAAUUUUUUUUAUUUCAGCUAUAAAAUGUUGUAUCAUUUAUAUAAUGCUAAUGCGAUUAGUCCAUUACUGGAUUAUUAAACC